GCGGAUUUAGUAAUGGGAUGCUAAUGAAUUAUUGGGAUGGCGCCACCUUUGGAGUUUGUCAGUAACUAAUUACCGCGACUAUCCAAAGCGUGGUUCUACCCGAUCGAUCACGCUUUACCGCUAGCUGCCUAGAUGGCGGCACUUGUAUAUUGUGUGGUGCUUGAGCUUACGAAAAGCUACGUGAGCUUCGUCACCCCCUCCCGCCGCCCGCGUGCUUCCAUCGCCGACGCCCGCACGACAGUCACUGGCAAGGUCUACAGGUGAGUGCAAGUUCUUUUAAUUUAUUGCCAUUUUAUUGCUGUGUUCGUGUAAUCAUUCGCCCGCCCGCUCGCUUAUGUGUAUUUGAUUUAUAUCUUUAGUUUGAUUACUAGCUUUUGUUUACCGCUAUAUAGUUUUACCGCUCCGCUAAUUAUAAGUGACAAACAUUUGUCACAUACCGCUUAGGACGGCUAUUUACACGCCUUUCUACAACCCCGCUUUAUAUGCUCCCGCCGCAGGAGGGCUAUUUACACGCCCCCUUGCUACCCCAUAGUUUGGUCCUGCGAGCCUGGAUUAGAUCCAGCUUAAAUUUUAAUUAAAAUUAGAAUUAAUUUAUGAUUACCCCCAUUCGCCAUUUUGUUACAGUAUUGUAUUGUAUGUAAAAGUUAAUUACAUUCAUCGCUAUUAGUAAUAAUAACUCGUAACCGCAUAUUGAAUUAUAUUUAUUAACGUAGUUCAUUUAGUGUUAUUUUUUAGUCAGUUAUUUCAAAACUUCAUUAUGGAAAAUAGACAACUAAAGAAACUUAUCGCGAAGAAUAAUUUAGUAUUUGCACAAAUUAAUGAUUUAUAUAAUAAAUCAAAAAAUAUUUCGGAGUUUGAUUCGGAAUUAAUUGAAACUUUUCUUGCCGAAUCAGAAUCGAUUGAUGACAUGCGUGUUAGAUUUGAAAGCAAUUUGGAUGAUAUCAAUGAUUUAAAUUUAAAGCAAAACCCCGAAGUUGAGCCUGAAUAUGCAGCUUUAUCGUCUUUUGACACGUUAUAUAAUUACGUAAGACGCGCUCGUAACAAAAUUACAAUUGGUAAUUCGUCAAAUGUAAUGAGAACUACCGCCGCCAUAAAUGUAACAUUGCCAACAAUUUCACUUCCUUCCUUUGACGGACGCUCUCUUGAAGGAUGGGAAACAUUUUACCAGGCUUUUAAAGCUAACAUCCACGAUAACCCGCAACUGUCUGAUGCGCAACGUGUGCAGUAUUUAAUGGGCAAAUUAACACAUAGUGCAUUAAAGUUAACCGCUGGUAUAAUACCCACAGGUGAAACUUAUAAUAUUAUUUGGUCGAAUCUAAUUAGUAAAUAUCAGGAUAAACGAGCUUUAGGAUGUCAUUAUCUGAAUAAUAUAUUAGAUUUAAAAAAUUGUUCACCUACCGCAAAUAGUUUAAAUAUGUAUAUUGAAAAAAUUUCAUCUUCGAUUGCCGCUUUAAAACAAUUAAAUUUACUUAAUUUGACUGAUUUUAUUUUAUUACAAUGCUCACUGAGAAGGUUGGAUCCUCAAACUUUACAUUCGUUUGAAGCAUCGGUUCGUGGUAUUGAAAUACCCACAACUGAAAUGUUUAUUAAAUUCAUACAGGAUCAGAUAAAAAUAUUAGAACGCUCUGCACAAAAAUGUAACAUAGAGAAAUCUAAAAAUCACAAAUCGUUUAUUUCUAGUAGUUAUAAUGACCCAGUCCGCACUGAAAGGGUUAACAAACCGGUUUCGUUAUCUACGUGCGAUCUUUGCUCGAGCUCGCACCACACGCAGUUAUAUCGUUGUAAUGAAUUUAAAAAUAUUAUUUCACCGCAAGAACGUUAUGAUUUUAUUAAAUCGCACAAGGGUUGCAUCAAUUGUUUAAGCUUAUCGCAUACAUUAAAAGCAUGUCAAUCAAAGUUAACAUGCAAUAAUUGUAAGAAAUAUCAUCAUACUUUGUUGUGUUUUGGUAAUAAACGGGCGAAUCGAAAAGGUAAGAGCGUACCCAGUCAAUCGAAUGACUACGCUGAUAUGGACAGGCAGGUCAGUCGGUCGCAGGUACAGGGAAUUCCGAGUGAUGCCGCGCGGCCCGAUUACGGUCGGUCCCAGGUUCAAUCUCAACCUGUUGUUCAGAGUUACGAUCAUCAUGAUGCCGCUUCGAAUACUUGUUUACACUCUAACAGAACGAUACAACAACAAAAUAAUACGACCGCUACCACGUUGACUCACAGUUCGGAAAUAAAAUCGAAUAGUAAUAUUUUAUUAUCAACCGCUCAAAUAUACGCUCACUCGAAUAAAGGGGAACGUAAAAUAGUUAGAUGUUUAAUAGAUAAUGGUUCCCAAAAUAAUUUAAUAACUGUCAAUUGUUGUAAAUUACUUAAAUUACCGAUUAUACCUUUAAAUAAUUCUUAUAUUAGAGGUAUUGGAUUAACCGCUCGCCCGAUUCACGGAUAUGUUUAUUUAAAUAUUGAAUCUAGAUUUUCUCCUAAUAAAUAUUAUAUUCACGCUUUAGUAGUAGACUGUAUUACAGAUAAAUUACCCGCUUAUUUUAUAAAUUCCUCAAAUAUGAAUCAUAUACGUAAUUUACCGCUUGCCGAUUCAAACUGGAACGUUCCAGGUGUGAUUGAUAUGGUGUUAGGUGCUCAGUUAUUUCCAUAUAUAUACUUAGGUAAUCGUAUAGAUACCGGCUCACUAGCGCCACCUGCCGUAGAAACAACCUUCGGUUAUGUUCUUAUGGGUGACGUACCUGAAGUGAGUUACACCGGCAUUAUGAAACCGCAACAUGAUAAUUUUUCUGUUAUAAAUGAUAAUAAUACCUCUUUGUGACUAUCUAGUACAGUUUAUAUUGAUAAUCCACCCGCUUUCGAAAAUACUAAAAUUCAUUCUGCAUUCACUUUAAAUAAAACUUUCUCAUCUAUAACGCAUAAAGACCUUGAGUCAUUUUUACAUAAAUUUUGGGAAUUAGAGGAGAUUCCUCAUGAGCGUCAUCUUAGCCCUGAGGAAGCCGAGUGUGAAAACAAAUAUAUUUCUACAAUUACCCGCGAUAAUGAUGGCCGAUAUACGGUUGAGUUACCAUUUAGUAGAAAUCCCGCUGACCUUGGCAAGUCUUAUGCUGUUGCUCACCGCCGUUUUCUUUCGCUCGAACGUAAGUUUGUUCAAUUACCCUCACUCCGCGAUGAUUACGAUAUCGUUAUACAGGAUUACAUUAGUAAAGGUUAUUUAACUGAAAUUAACGACACCGCUAAGGAAACCGAUAACGGUUAUUAUAUACCGCACCAUGCAGUUAUCCGCCCAAGCAAGACUACCACUAAACUACGUGUAGUUCUUGAUGCUAGUGCUAAAACAUCUAGUGGACUGUCACUUAAUGACGUCUUGCAUACUGGUCCAAAUUUACAGGCAGACUUAUUUUUGCUUUUACUCCGCUUUCGUUUGUUCCCUGUGGCAUUGUGCGCUGAUGUGGAACAAAUGUACUUACGCAUUAGGGUGACCACAGACCACCAUAAAUAUUUAAAAAUAUUGUACCGCUUUAAAAAUGAAAAAAUCUGUAACACUUACCGCUUUAACUGUUGUCGAAGAUUCCCCAAUAUAUCAACUUGGGUUGAGAGUUUCGUCAUGGUCAAAACUUCUUCGCUGUGUUGUUUAUGUACUUCGAUUUAUAAGAAAACUACCGCGAAACAAGUUUGUAACCGCAUCCGAUUUAAAUACUGCUGAGAAAGCUAUUAUUCGAGCUCUUCAAGCUAAAUAUUUUGGUCAUGAUAUUGCCAGCAUUAGAAAAUUAGAUUUACCUUCGAAAAAUAUUCGUAAACUUAGUCCAUUUAUUGACGAAGAUGGAAUUUUACGUAUUCAGGGUAGACUUUCGGGCUCUGAUUUACCGUUUGAAACGCAACACCCCGCUUUAUUGCCAAAACACGAUCACAUAAUAAAUAUUAUUGUUGAUUAUUUUCAUAAUACAAACUUGCACACUGGUCCGGACCUUUUGAUGUCCAUUAUUCGUCAACGCUUUGGAUAUUGUCCGCUAGAAACGUUAUAAGAAAAAGAGUGCAUAUGUGUAAAUCAUGUUUUCGUGUAUCACCUUCACACCCAACUCCCAUGAUGGCUGACCUUCCGUCAAGCCGUGUAAUGGAGGCCAAAGCUUUCUGUCACACGGGAGUAGAUUACGCGGGCCCAUUUAAGAUAACGCUUGUACGCAAACGUGGUCAUCAUUCACAAAAGGCUUACAUUUGCCUGUUCGUAUGCUUAACGACAAAGGCUAUACAUAUUGAGUUAGCCUCGGAUUUGUCAACGGACUCAUUUCUUGCCGCUUUCAAACGUUUUAUAUCUCGUCGAGGUCCAGUUUCUUUCAUGUAUUCAGAUAAUGGCACUAAUUUUGUUGGCGCAAAGGCUCAGUUAGAUGAAAUGUAUAAACUUCUAGUUUCAAAUAAUUUUAUAUCCGCAUGGAAUGAUGAAUUAACUAAAUACCGAAUCAUUUGGAAGAUGAUCCCGCCUCGGGCUCCCCAUUUUGGAGGUUUAUGGGAAUCAAACAUUAAAUCCGUUAAAACUCAUUUAAAUAGAGUAAUAGGCGCACAAAUUCUCACUUACGAAGAGAUGUUAACUGUGUUGAAUCAAAUAGAAUGUCUUAUGAAUUCCAGACCUUUAUGUCUUUUAUCCGCAGAUCCCAACCCCGAAAUUCUCACACCCGCACAUUUUUUGAUGUCCACUCCUUUGCAGUAUUUACCCGCGUCUGAAUUGUCCGCAAAUCAGAUGAGUCUAACUAAUCGCAAAGCGUUGUUAGAUGGUUUGGUUAAUUCCUAUUGGAGGAAAUGGAGAUUAGAGUACCUGCAUACGUUGCAAGUCAGACAGAAGUGGUGUACAUCAGAUAACCCCGUGAAGGUUGGGACAGUAGUUCUUAUUCAUCAAGAUGACAUUCCACCGCUCCGCUGGCCACUUGGAGUUAUACAAGAGGUGUAUCCAGGUGCCGAUAACAUUAUACGCGUUGCUUUGGUAAAAACGAAAUCUGGAUUUCUUAAACGUCCAGUUGUAAAAUUAUAUCCGCUACCGCUAGAAUAAAUUAGAGUACCGCAUGUCAUCAACCGCUUCAACUCUACAGAGUACCGCAUGUCAUCAACCGCUUCAACUCUACUCGUAAACAUUCAUGAUGGCUUAUUAUUAAUUAAAAUUUGUUUCUUUUCAAAUAACUUCCCGCUAUUUAAGCUUUAUGCUUCCUAUCUUAGUAUCUUUAUAUAUUUGUUGAAAGUCCUGCGAACUUUCAAGGCGGGCAGGAUGGUCACGCGGAUUUAGUAAUGGGAUGCUAAUGAAUUAUUGGGAUGGCGCCACCUUUGGAGUUUGUCAGUAACUAAUUACCGCGACUAUCCAAAGCGUGGUUCUACCCGAUCGAUCACGCUUUACCGCUAGCUGCCUAGAUGGCGGCACUUGUAUAUUGUGUGGUGCUUGAGCUUACGAAAAGCUACGUGAGCUUCGUCACCCCCUCCCGCCGCCCGCGUGCUUCCAUCGCCGACGCCCGCACGACAGUCACUGGCAAGGUCUACAGAUGCGUGAAACUAUAAACAAGACGGUCGUAAAGUGAGCCAGCGUGUAUCAGUGAGAAGCGUUCACUGGAUGGAGCGGCGCGCACCACAACAAUGAGUCAUACGGUAGCACAACGUGGUCGAAAUUCAGGUAUACGAAUGCUGUCACAGUUGGAUUCGUUGAUUGACCUUUUGCUCGAAGAUGUACCUAGUUGGAAAAUUUGCCCUAGGUAAACGCACUCUUGUCAAUGCUCAUAUUAGAGGCUAACUGGAAUAGAACCUCUACUAAGGCCAUUGUGAAUUAUGCUGAGGUCCUCCACAGUUUCAAGGAAUACCAUGUAGAAGUAGAACUUUUCUUCUCAUCAUGGUCUCAUGCCUAUCCAACCCGAGGCUGAGAAGCUCAAUCUGGGUCUUCAUCUGAGAAAGUGUUUGCCACACAAAAGCUUUAAAAUCAUUAAACUCACGCGAUAAAGUUGAAAUAUCGACAUGUGCUGGAACAGCUCCGGUAGAUGCCUUCUGCAGCUUCAGGUCAUAGUCGUUCAUACGUGUUUGGAAAAGCUUCUCGAGGCUUUCUAGACUAUUUAUAAGUUUCAGAUCCAUGAUGUGUGCAAGUAAAGUUUACGGCCAAAA